UGGCUGUCGAGGCUACGGGACGUUUUUUUUCUUUCUUAUUUUCUUCUUUGUGUACGUGAGACUCGAAACUCUGGUGUUAUGUAACCGCUCAAUCUCAGUUUCAAUCACACAAUGUUUCUCACGCGAAUAUCAGCGGGCGGUUCCAUAGUGAUAAGAGCUGCGGCACCGGACAAGGACGCAGGUUUUCCCCUCGAGUUGCAGAAGAGGGAACGUCCAGAUCCGGGGAAGAACCGAUCAUAAACUCGCGUCAUGGCUCAGAAGACAGUGCUGAUUGUGUACGCCCAUCAGAGUGGGGGGUCCUUUAACUCGGCAGUGAAGGAUGUUGCCGUGGAAGCCCUCAGACAGCAGGGCUACAAGGUUGUUGUGUCUGACCUUUACGCCAUGAACUUCAGAGCCUCCGCCACAAUGGAGGAUAUCACAGGUGAGGUGACGAACCCGGAGCACUUCAAGUACGGAGAGGAGACCAUGCAUGCCUGGAAGGAGGGUCGACUCAGUGAUGACAUCAUAGCUGAGCAGCGGAAAGUGGAGGCGGCGGAGCUCGUCAUCUUCCAGUUCCCUAUGUACUGGUUCAGCGUUCCAGCCAUCAUGAAGGGCUGGAUAGACAGAGUCCUGACUCAAGGCUUUGCCUUCUCGCUGCAGAAGAUGUACAACAAUGGAAUAUUCAAGGACAAGAAAGCCAUGUUGUCGUUCAGCACUGGGUCUAUGCAGACUAUGUACCGCCCUGACGGCAUCAACGGAGACAUUAACGUCACACUGUGGCCCCUACAGAACGGCGUGCUUCACUACUGUGGGUUCCAGGUGCUAGCCCCCCAGGUGUUCUGGUGUCCGGGACACAGCCCCCCCGCGAAUCGGACAGCCAUGCUGGAUGGCUGGAGGGCCAGGCUGAAGACCCUGCUGGUCGAGCGACCCCUGACCUUUGCCCCCAGCGAGAUGUUUGACCUGACCUUCCCUGGGGGCUUCGUGCUGCGGCCGGAGGUCAGGGAGGAGCAGAGCACCCGCCCCCACGGCAUCACCACCGGACACCACCUGGGGAAACCCCUCCCCCCUGACAACCAGCUGAAGGCUGAUGACCCCUCCCCCCUGACAACCAGCUGAAGGCUGAUGACCCCUCCCCCCUGACAACCAGCUGAAGGCUGAUGACCCCUCCCCCCCUGACAACCAGCUGAAGGAUGAUGACCCCUCCCCCUGACAACCAGCUGAAGACUGAUGACCCCUCCCCCCUGACAAAAACGGCUUAUUUGUAACCAGUUUAUAAUAGCAAUAAAUCACCUCGGGGGUUUGUGGUAAAUGGCCAAUAUUCCACGGCUAAAGGCUGUAUCCAGGAACUCUGCGUUGCGUCGUGCUUAAGAACAGCCCUUAGCCGUCGUAAAUUGGCCAUAAACUACACCCCCCCCCUCGUGCCUUAUUGCUUAAGAAAUACAUAGGAUGGUCAGUUAUUAUGGUCAAGUCAAAUUGACAGAGUUGUUGUGAAGAUGGGGAGAGGUAUGUCUGUUAUAAAAAGAUGUUCUGCGUUUUUGAAACAUCAAUAAACUGCACUAGUUGUUCAGACUCUG